GAGUGAAGAUUGUAAAGAAUUAUUAUUGUGUUUCGAUUGAACAAAACAACUUUAAAAACAGUUGAGCCUGGACAAAACUGCUGCAAUGAUUUUUUUGUAUCUGCGAGGUUAACAUGGAGGAUUCCCAAAAAGCGCGAGCUAAAGUGUUCAAGAAACGGGUCAUAUUGUCGAUAGCACAAAAAUUGGAGAUUAUUGAGGAUGUUGAUCAAUCUGGACGAAGCGUGGACGAUGUAGCGCAAGAGUGGGAUAUACCAGUAAAGAACAUAAAUGCUUUGUUAAAAGAUAAACAAAAGUAUCGGCAGUACUUUUCCGAAGGUCGUAACAUUUAUAAAAAAAAACAAAGAAGAGUGCUUCGUCAGCCAUUGGAGAAUGCGAUGAAGCUCUUCGUGCACGAAGCAAGAAACAACAACGUAAGAAUAACGAUUCCCAAUAUUAUUAAGAAAGCAUUGAUAUUCAAAGAAAAACUUGGAAUCAAGGACUUUAAAGCUAGUGGGGGAUGGGCCGUGAAAUUUGUUCAACGACACGAUGUGCAUGUGGCAAAUGGAGUCAAGAAAAAUACCAGCUUUGAACCAGCGAAAUACGACGAAAUUUCACCCACUCAGAUGGAAAUGUUUGGCGAAUACUGUACAAAAGAUAUUUACUCCAUAGCAAAGUUCGGGUUGUUCUAUAAAUGCUUACCAGAGCACACGGAUAUUUUGUAUUCAAAAACUUGUGGAGAUGGAUCAUUUUCUGAGCAACGUUUCACCGUCGUUUGUUCUGCCAAUAUGGACGGCACUGAAAAGUUACCGCUUCUGGUGAUUGGAGAUGAAAAGCAACCGGCCUCCUUCAAGUAUUUGCAGUCGCUGCCAGUGGACUAUACAAGUGCUUGCAAAUCGUGGAUGAAUUGGGACGUGUUCCGAAGUUGGAUUUUAAAGUUGGACGCAAAGUUUCAAAAGGAUGGAAGAAUCGUGUUGAUUUUCGCUCCGGAUUAUGGUCACCUCAAACGUUUGUUGCAAUACGAGUUAAAGGCAAUCAAUUUACAGUUUUUGUCAACAAAAAAGCAGCCACUUGAUUACGGGGUAAUAAGAGAGUUGAAAAGAAGCUAUCGACAAAACCUCAUCAAAUGGUCUCGGGAAAAUUUCGACCCGACGAAUACAAUGAUCCCCAAAACCGUGACAACAUUGGAUUCAAUUAGCAUGUUGGCCCGGUGCUGGACGGUUGGCGUAACUCCCGGAACAAUACAAAGCGACUUUAAGAAGGCAGGGUUUCUCAUCAACGAUGCGGAUCCCUUGCGUCUUUGCGAAGAAGUUGAGAAAGAGGAAGGGAUGGAAUCAUGGUUCGAUAAAUACUGCGAUGUAGAUCAAAAUGUAGUGUGCAAAGGGCUUUUAACUGAUGGCGAUAUUUUGAAAAUCGUAACAGAUGAAGACGAUGUUCAGCCUAGCUGCGCAGAGAACUGUUCCGAAGACGGAGAGUCCAGAGAGCUGUCCACUCAGCCGCAUCUUCAAUCUGCGAUGGAACAUUUAUUGCAAUCUUUACAGCUGAUUGAAAACGUUCCAACGUGUAUGUUUGAACAUCUUUCCGCAAUUGAAGAUUUUUUUAAACGGCGAGGAAAAUUGAAACACGAGAUGCAAUGAUCUUUCAUAGGUUCAUAGAUUGUUAGUUUGAUACAGAUGAACACACACAAAAUAAUAAUA